GACAUACCUACCACCACACACACGGCACAGUCGUCAUGUCUUUACGGUUGCUGACUUUGAGUAAUGGUCGAAAAAUGCCUCAACUAGGAUUGGGGACCUGGAAGUCAAAACCUGAUGAAGUUGGUAAUGCAGUGAAGUCUGCUAUUGACAUUGGUUAUCGUCAUUUUGAUACUGCAUAUGCAUAUUUCAAUGAAAAAGAAAUCGGAGAUGCCUUGAAAGAAGUUCUCAGUGAUGGAAAAGUUAAGAGAGAAGAACUUUUCAUCGUUACUAAGCUGUUAUACUUGUCUCCAGAAUCUGUACGUAAAAAUUUCAUGGAAUCCUACAAGAAGUUACAGUUGGAUUAUAUUGAUUUGUAUUUGAUACAUACACCUAUACCACUACAGGCUGAUGAGACUGGAGGACUGAAGAAAGAUGAGACGGGUGCAUAUGUAACAGAUGAUAUUGAUUAUCUUGAUACAUAUAAGGAAAUGGAAAAACUGGUAGAUGAUGGGUUGGUCAAGUCUAUUGGUGUCUCCAACUUCAAUCACAAACAGUUGGAACGUAUUCUUGGUGUAGCUAAACACAAACCAGUGACCAAUCAGAUUGAAGUACAUCCAUAUUUUACCAGAACUAAACUAAUUAAUUGGUGUCUUGAACGAAAUAUCAUUACCACGUGUUACAGUCCAUUUGCUUCAUUGGACAGGCCUUGGGCUAAAGAUGACGAUCCCAAUUUGUUAAAGGACCAGGUUGUGAAGUCCAUUGCUAGCAAGCACAACAAAACACCAGCACAAGUAUUGCUGAGGUUUUGCAUUGAUCUUGGAUGUGCAGUGAUACCAAAAAGUGUAAAUCCAGGUAGAAUGAAGGAAAAUUUUGAGAUAUUUAAUUUCAAAUUAACUCCAGAAGAGGUUACAUCUAUACAAUCACUCAACCGUAAUUGGAUGAUGUCAGUUGAUGCUUUUUGGCAUCCUGCAAGGAACCAUCCAUUUUAUCCAUUCAAUGAAUUUUAG